ACUCUGGGAGCUCUGGGAUCACUCCCGGGAGCUCUGGGAUCACUCUGGGAGCUCCAGAACCACCCCCAAGGACACCUCUGGAGCCUCUGGAAUUGCUCUGGGAGCUCUGGGAUCGCUCCAAGGACACCUCUGGAGCUCUGGGAUCACUCUGGGAGCUCCAGAACCACCCCAAGGACACCUCUGGAGCUCUGGGAUGGCUCUGGGAUCGCUCCAAGGACACCUCUGGAGCCUCUGGGAUCACUCUGGGAGCUCUGGGAUCACUCUGGGAGCUCCAGAACCACCCCAAGGACACCUCUGGAGCUCUGGGAUGGCUCUGGGAUGGCUCUGGGAUCGCUCCAAGGACACCUCUGGAGCCUCUGGGAUCACUCCGGGAGCUCUGGGAUCACUCUGGGAGCUCCAGAACCACUCCAAGGACACCUCUGGAGCUCUGGGAUGGCUCCGGGAGCUCUGGGAUCACUCUGGGAGCUCCAGAACCACCCCAAGGACACCUCUGGAGCCUCUGGGAUGGCUCUGGGAGCUCCAGAACCACUCCAAGGACACCUCUGGAGCUCUGGGAUCGCUCUGGGAGCUCUGGGAUCACUCUGGGAGCUCCAGAACCACUCCAAGGACACCUCCGGAGCCUCUGGGAUGGCUCUGGGAGCUCCAGAACCACUCCAAGGACACCUCUGGAGCUCUGGGAUGGCUCUGGGAUCGCUCCAAGGACACCUCUGGAGCCUCUGGAUCACUCUGGGAUCACUCUGGGAGCUCCAGAACCACUCCAAGGACACCUCUGGAGCUGUUUGGACACCUCUGGGAUCGCUCCAGGAGCUCUGGGAUGGCUCCGGGAGCUCCAGAACCUCCAGAACCGCUCCGAGAACCCGUCCAGAGCCUCUCCAGAACCGCUCCAAGGACACCUCCAGAGCUUUUCCAGCCCCUCCAGAAGCACCCCGGACACCUCUGGAGCGGCUCCAAGGCCUCCAGAACCUCCUGGAAUGCUCCAGGGACUCCUCCAGAGCUUUUCCAACCCCCUCUGGAUCCACUCCAACCCUCCAGAACCCUCCGGAGUUACCCCAGAACCUCUCCAGAACCUCCUGGAACGGCUCCAGGGACUCCUCCAGAGCUUUUCCAACCCCUCUGGAUCCACUCCAACCCUCCAGAACCUCCAGAGUUACCCCAGAACCUCCUGGAACGGCUCCAGAACCUCUCCAGAACCUCCUGGAACCGCUCCGGAACCGCUCCAGGAGCUUUUCCCGACGCAUCCGGAACCCCCCCGAACCUUCCGGAGCGGCUCCGGAAGCUCCGGAAGCUCUCCCAGGACACCUCCGGACUCAUUCCAAGGCUUCCAGAACCUCGGGAGCCGCUCCGGAGCCGCUCCCAGGACUCCUCCGGAGUUGGAUUUUAAGCUUCACUCUCGUCUAUUUUUAAGCUCAGAUGGUUUCAAAGAUAUUUUUUAGAUCCUUGUCCACGGACAUCUUCGGGAAUUUUCUUUGGGAAUUUCGGAUCCGUCCCCUUCCCUCCCCCGAGCUUGGGACUCCCAAAAGGGAUUUU